AUGGCAUUUGCAGCGCCAGAUGACAAGACCGUGGCUCGGCAAAAAAUCCAUCUGCGCGACUUUAAUGCCACGCUGGUGUGCUCCGUGGCCCUACUGUUCUUCUCCGCCUUUAGCUAUGGGUUCAGUGACCAGUCGUUUGCGUCGACACAGGCCACGGCUGCCUUUAAGGAGCAGUUCGGCGACUACAAGCCCAAGAAGGAGAAAUAUGUGCUCCCGGCCCUGUUCCUGAGUCUGCUGAACAGCUUGAAGGCUGCUACCCAGCUUAUCGCCAUAGGCGUCAUUGUUGGGAACUGGAUCAGCAAGCACUAUGGCCGACGAUGGUGUAUCUUCGUGAUGAGCAUCUAUGCGUUGGGAAGCACGUCGGUCAUUAUUUCUGCGUACAAUCGUCCGCAGAUUCUUGCGGGGAGGACUCUUCACUAUGUCUACCUGGGGAUGCAGCUGGCCGUCAUCCCGACCUUCCUAGCGGAGAUUGCUCCUGCACAUCUCCGUGGUGGAACUGGAGCUCUGUACUGGCUUAGUAUCAAGUGCGGUGGACUCCUCGUCACAGGUAUCGUCAGGGCUACCUCGAGAGACAAAGGCGAUAUUGCCUGGCAGCUUCCAAUUGGAUUGAUCAUGAUCUUCCCAGCUAUCGUGAUAGCUCUGGUGUGGCUUAUCCCUGAGUCCCCUCGCUGGCUACUACUAACCGGCCGCCACGACAAAGCUCUGGUGGCGCUCACCCGACUCCGCCAGACUCGUGAAGAAAAACGGAACAAAGCCCCUGCGUCGGAGGAGAUUUUAGCUGAGUUUUCUGACCUCUCUGAAGCGGUCGAAGAUAUCAAGUCUGCCCGACGCCAGCGCGAGGGAUCACGUAUUCGCCAAUUCCUCUCGAUCUUCAAUCGCGACAACCUGCGCCGCACCUUGAUCGUAGUCUUUCUCCUCUUCUUCCAGCAGUCCACAGGGCAAUCCUUUGCCUCGCAAUAUGGCACUCUCUUCGUCGAAGCGUUGAAUACUAUCAACCCUUUCAGCGUGACCCUCGGCACUAAUGCUGUCGAUAUCGGGGGCAUUCUCUUCUGCAUCCUUCUCGCAGACCGUCUUGGCCGGAGACCCGUGCUCAUUACUUCGGCCUUCGUUCAGACUGUCGCGUUAUUCACCAUGGGUGGUCUCGGCACGGCAGACCCCUCGACGUCUUCGGACUCGGUCUCCAUCAAGGCCGGUAUUGUCGCCAUGCUCCUCCUCUUUUCCUUCGGUUGGUCCUUUGGAUAUGCGCCCUUGGCAUAUGUCGUGGCCGCCGAGAUUCCGUCUCCAUAUCUGCGCGAGUACACGCUGAACGUGGGUUACACGGUCAAGUUGGUCAUGGAGUUUGUUGUGUCGUUUACCUACCCCUACCUCGAGGACGCCGACAAGGCUAAUCUGGGCGGGAAGCUCGGAUUCAUUUACGGCUCUGUGGCAUUUCUGUCUCUGGUCUUUAGUAUAUUCUUCGUGCCGGAAACAAAGAAUCUUGAACUGGAGGAAAUGGAUGAAGUGUUUACUGGACACGGCAGAAACGUAGAGACCAAAGAAGAGACGGCGGCGGCGACGGAAGAGGUCACGGCGCCGAAGAUUGUCUAUGGACUUUACGUUGCUGCUGGCGAAGACAAACAAUGCAAACAGAUCCGUGUUGCCGCAACUCGAGCAGGAAGGAUACUUUCGACUUUUCUCAGAACUGCCUCAAUUGCAGCACUCCAAGCCAGAGCUGCGACGAAGCGGACACUCACAGCAAGAUCAGCUCCCCUCUCUCGACGCACAAUUUCGAGCACACGAUCAUAUCUUGCCAGCCAGGACCAGAACCAGUCUACACCAUCGUCAACAAUAAGAGAAACGACCAACUCUUCAGUUACAGACAGCAAAGCUCUCCAAGAAGAGAAUGAAAUAACAGUACCCUCAACUCAAACGGCCAACGCCAACCCUCCCUCCCUCCGCACAUACCCUUACACCCUCAAAAUCGGCACCGUAACCUCCGUCGGCCUCAUGAACAAGACUGUGCGCGUCGCCUACCGCCACACCGAAUGGGACCGACACAUCCGCAAACCCUACCCCAAGACAACCACCUACCUAGUGGCCGACCCGCGCGACUCGCUGCGCGAGGGGGACGUGAUUGAAUUCUCGUCCGGGGCGCCUCGGUCCCGACAUGUUCGCCACGUCGUUGAGCGAAUCAUUGCGCCCUUUGGAGAGGAGAUUAGCGCUCGGCCGGCUGUUAUGACUAGGCAGGAAAGAGAGGCGGAGAAGAUGCUCAAGAGGGCCGAGAAAUUGGCUAGGAAGGCUAGUCGGGUCGCUGAACAGCAGGCUGCUGCUGGCCAGAAUGCUGAAGCUGUCACUGCACGGUUUUUGCAGAGCAAAGAUCAUAUGGGCAGGAUUCGUUCGUUGGUUCGGGAGAGAACUGCGGCUUCGUCUUGA